AUGUUCGUCUGGGCCGAUGGUGCAGCUCGGUGCGUCCCGCGGUGUCAUAACGGAGCCGUGUGCCGCGCCCCCAACCGCUGCCUGUGCCGCGCCGGUUUCCACGGCGACCGGUGCCAGUUCUCCACGGUGACGGUCCUGUACGCGACGACGACGGCGUCCGAGUCCCCGCCGGCCAAUCAGAGCCGAGCGCUCAGGAGGGUCCGCGUGGUCGUCGGGCUGAAACGGAAACAGCAGCAGCAGCAACAGCAGCAGGUCGACACGAGUCCAGGUGUGAGUUUGACCGAGGAAGGAAACAAAUCUGAGAAUGAAAUUUUGUCGAGAGCCGAGGAAAGACACGAGAGACACGAGAAAGACGAGAGAGACGAGAAAGACGAGAGAGCGGAGGAGGGAGGAGCGAGAAAAACUACUGCAGCUGCCGGUCCAGUUGUGGGUGCAGAGUUUCCUGACGAGAGGCCAGAGGAGAAUGAGCUGGUGAAGUCUGUGGAGAAAAAGAAGAAAGCAGCUUUGAGCGUCCGCGAGGUCCAGUCUCUGCUCCUGAAAAAAGCCGCUGGACGCUCGGGAGACAAGAUGGCCGCCCUCCUCAUGAGGCACAUCGAGAAGCGGCGCGGGCGACUCCGCUCCGUCACCGCGGCGACCGGCCACCGCGUCUCCACGGCGACGGGCGACAACAGCCACGUCGGCGUGCGAACGAGAGAGAGAGUCCUCCACACCCACAGGGGGCAGUACACCGUCCGCAUCACCACAGGAGACGGACAGAGCGCCGCCGCCGCCGCCGAGAGACGGACGACGGGAGCGACGGGAGCGACGGGAGCGACGGGAGCGACGGGAGCGAGGGAAGAGCGAGCCGGAGGAGUCGUGGUCGGAGGAGGAGGAGAGAGGAUCCAGGUGACGUUCACUCCCAGCGUGUGCCAGGUGCGCUGUGCGGCCGGACGCUGCGUGAACGUGUGCGACCGGGGAGAGGUCACCACCGUGUUCAGCAGCAGCAGCGACGGGACGGGACCCGACGGCGGCGGCGGCGGUGCCCCCUUCAGAGUCUACCUGUGCCCGCUGCUGUGUAAGAACGGGGGGGUGUGUCUGCAGAAGGACCGCUGUCUGUGCCCACCAAACUUCACCGGGAAAUUCUGCCAAAUCCCGGUUCCCCCGGGAUCCUCGAACGCACCGUCCACCGGCCCCGCCCACCACGACGCCUCCUCCAAUCACAGCCCGCCCUCCUCUCUGCUCUCAGCCAAUCUCACGCGCUCCGAGUUUGUCCUGCCCCUCGGACCAAAGCAGGAGACUCAGAGCGCCGGAGCUCCCAGUCCUCCCAUGGUGAAGGUGAGAGUCCAGCACCCCCCAGAGGCCAGCGUCAAAGUGCACCAGGUCCUCAAGGUGCGCUCGGGGGUCACGUCGGGGUCAGCGGGGUUUCCGGCGCCGGUGUCCAGGGGCGUCCAGGCUCAGACCGUCUCAGGGGGCGGGACUUACACCCACCAAUCAGGAUUCAAGUACUGCUUCAGAGAAGUCCAGCAGGGCCAGUGCAGUUCUCCUCUCCCUGGGCUCCGGAGCAGAGAGACGUGCUGCAGGGGCAUCGGGAAAGCCUGGGGCAUCAACGACUGUGAGCUGUGCCCCGACCGCACAGACAGAGGAAACAGCAGUUGUCCUUUCGGUUAUGAGACGGUCAAUGGGACACAGUGUGAAGACAUAAACGAGUGUGAGGAGCGGGGCCGCUGUGAGCACGGUCUGUGCGUGAACACUAGGGGGAGCUACAGCUGUGUGUGCAGUGAGGGCUUCAUCCUGGACGCCACCCACGGCCUCUGUAUCUCUCACAGAGUGAUCUCGGAUGAGAAGGGUCAGUGUUUCCGGGUGGUGUCUCCUCUUUCCUCUCCUCUUUCUUGCUCUCUGCCGAUCCUUCGCUCCAUCACCAAACAGAUCUGCUGCUGCAGUCGCGUGGGGAAGGCGUGGGGGGAGGACUGCCAGAGGUGCCCCCCCUUCGGAUCAGCUGCGUUUAAGGAGAUCUGUCCGGCCGGUCCGGGGUAUCAUUACUCCGCCUCGGCGCUGCAGUUCAACCACAGAGCCAUCGAGCAGCUGGGCCACCGGGGGGCGCUGCUGCUGCCGUCCAACUCCUCACACAGAGACACAGCAGGCUUCAGUCCUGCUUCUGGAUCGGUCCAAACCAGACCCAGUCCUCCUCAGUCCAACAGUAUCCCAAAUCCUUCUGACCCAAGGAAACCUGAGCCUCCAGAGUCCAGGACCAGACCAGUCUCUGGCCAGACCGAGUCCGGGACCAGACCAUCGUCUCCUCAGGGCUCACAGAGACACAGUGCGGGGGGGGCGUGUCAGGCCAGGCCAGGUGUUUGUGGGCGGGGCCUGUGUGUGAAUCAGCCACUGGGGAGGUACAGCUGUCUGUGUCACCACGGAUACGAGCCCAACGCACUCAACAGCACGUGCCAAGACACAGACGAGUGCAGACGGAGCCCCUGUGGACCUCACGCUCGCUGUGAAAACUCCCCCGGCAGCUACAGGUGUGUCUGUCACCACGGAUACAAGCAACGAGGACUCACCUGCACAGACGUGGACGAGUGUGAGGACCCUCUGCUGUGUCCGGGGCAGGAGUGUGUGAACUCUGAAGGCUCCUACAGCUGUGUGACCUGUAAACCAGGGUUUGGACUCCUGCACCGACAGUGUACAGACAUAGACGAGUGUCGUCAGGCGCCCUGCACCAACGGACGAUGUGAAAAUACUCCAGGAAGUUACCGCUGCAUCUGUCGCCACGGAUACCGCCUCAGCAACAACUCCUGCUCAGACGUAGACGAGUGUGCAGAUCCGUCUCAGUGCCCGGGACAGAUGUGUGUGAACUCUGUGGGCUCGUACAGAUGUGUGUCCUGUCGCAUUGGAUACAGACUCCGCAACAGACAGUGCAUCGACAUAGACGAGUGCGAGGAGAGGAGGCCGUGUCCUGGGCAGACGUGUGUGAACUCUGAAGGAUCCUACAGCUGCGUGUCCUGCUCCGAAGGAUACACCUCUGUCAACGGAGUCUGCACCGACGUAGACGAGUGUGCAGAUCCGUCUCAGUGUCCGGGACAGAUGUGUGUGAACUCUGUGGGCUCGUACAGAUGUGUGUCCUGUCACCACGGAUACACCGCUCGAGACGGCUCCUGUCACGACGUAGACGAGUGUCUCUCCUCCCCCGCUCCCCGGUCGUGUCCGUCUCACAGAGUCUGUAUAAACUCUCUGGGCUCCUUCAAAUGUGACUGUGCUGCAGGAUACAGACCAGGACCAGGACGCAGCUGCACAGAUAUAGACGAGUGCCAGCAGGGGGCGCUGUGCUCUGGAGGAGACUGUAUAAACACUCCAGGCUCCUUCUCCUGCGUCUGUCCUCAAGGCUUCAUCCUGAGCCACAGCAACACCAGCUGCAACGACGUAGACGAGUGUCAGAGGUCGGGCGUGUGUGAAGGGGGUCGCUGUGUGAACUCUGACGGCUCCUAUCACUGUGUGUGUGACCGAGGCUACAGCCCCAGCCCCGAGAGGAGCCACUGUCUGGAUGUGGACGAGUGCGUCGCGUCUCAGGGUUCGGUCUGCGGGUCUCGGCGCUGUGAAAACACCAUCGGCUCUUUCCGCUGCCUCAGCCUCUGUCGGCCCGGAUUCACCGUGUCCCCCACUGGAGAGUGUGUGGCAUCUCCAGCAUUGGCCUCUACCUCUGACCACGCCUCCUCUUCAAGCUCCUCCUCCUCUACAGGCUCUUCCCACUCCUCUACAGGCUCCUCCCACUCCUCUACAGGCUCCUCCUCUUCUGCCAGAGGCUCCUCCCCCUCUGUCUCUUCAGGCUCCUCCCCUUCUGCCAGAGGCUCCUCCCCCUCUGUCUCUUCAGGCUCCUCUUCCUCCGUCUCAACGCACUUCCCACUCAAGCUCCUCCCUCUCCCCAGACGCUUCCUCCUCUGUUUCUGGCUCCUCCCCCUCUUCUACAGGCUCCUCCCACUCCUCUGCAGGCUCCUCCCCUUCUGCCAGAGGCUCCUCCCCAUCCUCCCACUCCCCAGACGCCUCCUCCUCUGCAGGUUCCUCGCCGUUUGUCUCUCGCUCCUCUCCUUCCUCACACUCCCCAGACGCUUCCUCCUCUGCUUCUGGCUCCUCCCACUCCUCGCAGGCUCCUCCCCUUCCGUCUCUCGCUCCUCCCCUUCCUCCCACUCCCCAGACGCUUCCUCCUCCGCUUCCGGCUCGUCCCCCUCAGUUUCACGCGCCUCCCCACCUGUCUCUGGCUCCUCCCCCUCCGUCUCUGGCUCCUCCCCCUCGGUCCCUGGCCCCUCCUCCCUCUCCCCAGACGCCUCCCCUCUGCCCCUCGGUGGCCGUGGGGAGCUGCGCGAGUGUUAUUACGACCUGGACAGCGGCGUCUGCAGUGUCCUCUCGUCCAACACGACGGCUCAGGAGUGCUGCUGUACGGAGGGGCGGGGCUGGGGGCGGGGCUGCGUGUACCACACCUGUCCCCUCCCACACACAGACGAGUUCCGGAGUCUGUGUCCAAACGGCCGAGGAUACGUGACCACCGGACCCGGAGCCUUCGACUACACAGAUGUGGAUGAGUGUAAGCGUUUUGGUCCUGAGGUUUGUAAAAGUGGAGUUUGUGUGAACAACAUCCCUGGGUUCAGCUGCUACUGCCCCAGCGGCUACACCUACAACCGCACCCUGCUGGAGUGUUCAGAUCAUGACGAGUGUGAGGAGGAGAGCUGCUCUGGGGGACUCUGCGUCAACACCCAAGGGUCCUUCUACUGCAGCUGCCCCCACCCCCUGGUCCUGGACGACACCCAACGCAACUGUGUCAACGCCACGCCACCUGCCCUGGAUGAGAAUGUCUCCCUCUGCUGGCAGCACGUGAGCGCUGACCUGUUGUGUCAGUCUCUGCUGCUCAGGGUUCAGCUCAGCUUCAGCGACUGUUGCUGUUUGUACGGACAAGGAUGGGGCCUGGAGUGUGCCCUGUGUCCACGCACUGAUACUGAGGACUACGCCCGUCUGUGCAGCUCCGUGCAGUCUCCGGUCUACCCCGAACUUUUCCCAGACCCCGGGACCGGACCAGGGUCUAGAGCCGGACCAGGACCUGCCAGAGAAGGACCUCCAGUGCCGUACUUCCCUCCGUUCUCCUCGGAGCUCUACCCUCCGGCUCUGGACUAUGACGACUCCAGAGGGCGCUAUGACGACUCCGCUCCUGCGGGGGGCGGCAGAGGCGGGUACGACCCGGGCUACAUCGGUUCUCCGUACGGAGGAGGAUACUACCCAGAACCAGACUAUGAUCCCGAUACUCCCUACAGUCCGGAUGGAUCCAGGUUCAGUCCGGAUGGGUCCAGGUUCAGUCCGGAUGGUUCCAGCUUCAGUCCAGAUGGUUCCAGCUUCAGUCCAGACGGGUCCAGGUUCAGUCCUGACGGGUCCAGCUUCAGUCCAGACGGGUCCAGGUUCAGUCCAGACGGGUCCAGGUUCAGUCCUGACGGGUCCAGGUUCAGUCCAGACGGGUCCAGGUUCAGUCCGGAUGGAUCCAGGUUCGGUUCGGACUCCAGGCCCUUCCUGGUCCCUCCUGAUCCCAGAUCCGAGGAGGCCUUCGAGGUCCAGACUCCGCCCGCUUCAGAACGGUUCUACCCCGAGACCAGAGAAGAGGACUGGAGUCGAUUCCCCCCGUUCACCAGACCUGGACUGAGGAGGGUCUACGACAGGCGGUUCGAGGCGGUGGAGGAGGACUGUGGGAUCGCAGACGGUUGUGUGAACGGUCGCUGCAUUCGCGUCGCCGAGGGUUACACCUGCGACUGUUACCAUGGAUACGAGCUGGACCUGACCUCCAUGACCUGCACAGACGUGAACGAGUGCGAGGGCGGCGUGCGGCUGGAGUUCCCCUGCAUCAACGCUCGCUGCGUGAACACGGAGGGAUCGUACCGCUGCGUGUGUCGCCGCGGAUACGUCCUGUCCAACCGCCCCAACUACUGCGUCUCCGCCUGAGCUACAGCGUCAACCUGAACCAC